AUGUUUGUUAAUAAAAUACAUUUCUUUUCACUCUUAAUUUUUAUUCUACCUAAUCUAAUCACAAGUGAACCACUUGCAUUAACUGAUAAAACAUGGAAAGAUAUGUUAUGUGGUCAAUGGAUGGUUGAAUUUUAUGCGCCAUGGUGUCCAUCGUGCCAACAUUUCACACAUACAUGGCAUGAAUUUUCUAAAGCUAUGAUAUCGAAAGAAAUAAAAGUAGCUGCUAUGGAUAUUAAUGAAUAUCCUUCAUUAUCAGGUCGUUUUCGAAUUUCUGUCUUGCCGACAAUUUAUUAUGUUCGUGAUGGUGUUUUUCGUCAAUAUAAAGGUGAACGUUCAUUAGAGCGUUUGAAAAAUUAUAUUGAAUUUGAAGAAUGGCGACGUACAGAACCAGUUUCAUCAUAUUGGGCUCCAGAUAGUAUUUUAAUGUCAAUACUUAGUUCAAUUUUCGAUAUAUCUGUAUUGGUUAAAAAUGCAUAUACACUUUUACAAGAUCAAUAUGGAUGGCCAGCAUGGCUUAUUUAUAUAUUCUUUACUGUAGCUGUUAUUGUUAUUGGACUUAUUCUUGGAUUUGGUGUUCUUAUGAUUAUUGAUUAUUGUGUAACUGGUACAGUUAAAGAUGAUUUAAAUAAUAUACCAGAUGAUUCAAGAGAUGUUGAGGAUUUCGAUGAAAAUGAUUCACCAAAAUUAUUAAAAUCUAAAAAGCAAAAAAAACCAACUGUAUCAUUACCAAUACAUAUAACAUCAUCAACACCACAACGUUCAACAGCAAUAAAAAAUCGUUCGUCACCUGUUAUAGAAAUUCAAGAUGAUGAAGCACUACUUGAUGAAGUUCUUGCAUCUCAUCAAGAUGAUAAUGAUGAUAGUGAAGAAGUAAAUGUAUCAGAUGUAGCACCAGGAACUGAUGAUGAAGAACAAACUACAACAACAACAAAUGCAUCCUUACGUCAACGACGAAUAAAUUAA